AGGAGGCUGCAAGAGGGCGGGAGGCAGGAGAGGGCCCGGAGCUGGUGGGCCGGAGCGGCGGCGCCGCCAUGUCCGACAGCGAGAAGCUCAACCUGGAUUCCAUCAUCGGGCGCCUGCUGGAAGUGCAGGGCUCACGGCCUGGAAAGAAUGUGCAGCUGACAGAGAACGAGAUCCGUGGUCUUUGCCUCAAAUCCCGGGAGAUUUUCCUGAGCCAGCCUAUUCUUCUGGAGCUUGAGGCGCCUCUCAAGAUCUGUGGUGACAUCCAUGGCCAGUACUAUGACCUUCUACGGCUGUUCGAGUAUGGUGGCUUCCCUCCAGAGAGCAACUACCUCUUCUUGGGGGACUAUGUGGAUCGGGGAAAGCAGUCUUUGGAGACCAUCUGCUUGUUGCUGGCCUAUAAGAUCAAAUACCCGGAGAAUUUCUUUCUACUACGUGGGAACCAUGAGUGUGCCAGCAUCAACCGCAUCUAUGGCUUCUAUGAUGAAUGCAAGAGACGAUACAACAUCAAACUGUGGAAGACUUUCACCGACUGCUUCAACUGCCUGCCCAUUGCAGCCAUUGUAGAUGAGAAGAUCUUCUGCUGCCACGGAGGCCUGUCUCCAGACUUGCAAUCCAUGGAGCAGAUUAGACGUAUUAUGCGGCCCACGGACGUGCCUGACCAGGGCCUGUUGUGUGAUCUGCUGUGGUCUGACCCUGACAAGGAUGUUCAAGGCUGGGGCGAGAAUGACCGUGGAGUCUCCUUUACCUUUGGGGCCGAGGUUGUAGCCAAGUUCCUGCACAAGCAUGAUUUGGACCUCAUCUGCAGAGCACAUCAGGUUGUAGAAGAUGGCUAUGAGUUCUUUGCCAAGAGGCAGCUGGUGACACUCUUCUCAGCUCCCAACUACUGUGGCGAGUUUGACAACGCUGGCGCCAUGAUGAGUGUGGACGAGACACUCAUGUGUUCCUUCCAGAUCCUCAAGCCCGCUGAUAAGAAUAAGGGGAAGUAUGGGCAGUUCAGUGGCCUGAACCCCGGAGGCCGUCCCAUCACUCCACCCCGCAAUUCUGCCAAAGCCAAGAAAUAGCCUCCAUGUGCUGCCCUCUGCCCCAGAUGACGGAUUAUUUGUACAGAAAUCAUGCUGCCAUGGGUCACACUGGCCUCUCAGGCCCACCCAUCAUGGGGAACACAGCGUUAAGUGUCUUUCCUUUAUUUUUUAAAGAAUCAAUAGCAGCAUCUAAUUCCCCAGGGCUCCCUCCCACCAGCACCUGUGGUGGCUGCAAGUGGAAUCCUGGGGCCAAGGCUGCAGCUCAGGGCAAUGGCAGACCAGAUUGUGGGUCUCCAGCCUUGCAUGGCUGGCAGCCAGAUCCUGGGGCAACCCAUCUGGUCUCUUGAAUAAAGGUCAAAGCUGGAUUCUC